CCACCACCUUGUUGGUUCCAAGAGUCAUUAUAUUUGUACUGAAAAACCACCACCCACUACAACGGGCUUCGGCGGCUUGAUUCUCUUGCCGUCAAACUCAAAACAAGAACAUGAAGACCAAGGCGACUCAACAAUGGCUUCUGGUCUUGCAUGUGCUUGCUUCCUUCUUCUUCUUCUUCAUCCUUCUUACCAGCUCCUCGUCACAAGAACUUGCAGAUUCCAGCGAUCCUGUUAAGAACGCCACAAGGAUUGAUUGUGGAGUAAUAAAGGGUUCCGGGGACGAGAAGACCCCAUCUGAUUACCAAUACGAUGAUGGAUUCGUUGAACACGGCAAGGGGCUUAACUUAUCAUCGAAUUACAACAAAGAAGAGAUUGGCAAUCAGCUGAGGACAUUAAGAAGCUUUCCAGAAGGGAAAAGGAAUUGCUACAGAGUGCCCACAGAAAGAAACGCAUACUACCUCGUGCGGGCAUUCUUCGCAUAUGGAAACUACGAUAGUAAAACAUCCUUUGAUUUGUACAUUGGUGUCAAUUACUGGGCAACAAUUAGCAAAGAGGAUGGAGACAUUGUACGUCACGAGGUCAUUCAUUUCUCUCCAACUGAUGACAUCAAUGUGUGUCUUGUGAAAACGGACGACGGAAUACCCUUCAUUUCACUGUUGGAAGUAUGGCCAUGGCAGAAUUCUAGGUAUGAUCAGUUAGCUUCGAGUUUGCUCAGACUAAUGUCACGCUCCAAGCUGGGUAUGUCUGAAGAUGAUACCUACAUCAGAUAUCCAGAUGAUAACUAUGGAAGGUCCUGGUUCAAUAGAAAGAUGGACAACUCGGUGCGAAUCAGUUCUUCAUCUGCGGCUAUUGACAGUAAUACGAGUGACAAUGUAUACGACCUGCCAAAAGAAGUGUUGACUAGUGCAGUUCAGUCUAUUCAUGCAUCUUCUUCCUUAGUUAUCCACAUGGAUAGAUGCUGUAAUACUGGCCAUGAUUAUUAUGUGUACCUUCAUUUUUAUGACUUCGUGAGCAAGUCACGGAAUAAUCAGCAGAGGAAGAUGGUUAUUGCUUUCAGUGAUGGGGUCGAUGUGUCCUUUACUCUUGAGUACAUGAAACCCACUACUUUGGUUAGGAAUAUUAAAGGUCAUGAUGUUGUUAGUAAUAUUUCCAUCAGAUCUGCCUCGGACUCUCAGUUACCUGCCAUGCUCAAUGCUUAUGAAAUCUAUAGAGUUCUUCCCCAGCCAUUAAAUCGACAACUGAUGAAGGAGAUGUUGCUGCGAUCCAAGACAUAAAAGGAUUUUAUGGCAUUACAAAUCUCAGUUGGCAAGGAGAUCCAUGCGGGCCAAUGGGUUAUACAUGGAAAGGUCUCACUUGCAACGAUAGUGGAACACCAAGAAUCAUUUCAAUAAACUUGAGCUCAAGCAAUCUGACUGGACAAAUAGCUCUUUCAUUCGCCAAUUUCACAGAAUUGAAGGAU